GGAAAGUAUACUGGUGACCAUAACCAAGUGGUAAUACCUGUUCCCAUCCCGAACACAGAAGUCAAGCACUUGCGUGACGAAAAUACUCAUCACGGGGAAGAUACGAUUCAAGAUUUAAGAGGUGAAAAAGCCACCGAAGGUUUUCAUUUUGUUUCUAGUAUUGAUAAGGAGGGGUUUCCUAUUACCGAAGUUGAAACCGACAAAAAAGAUUUAGAAAAUUACGCUUCGGCUCUGAAAAAUCAACAAAUUUGUUUCAUAAAAGUAAAUUGCGAGUUGCCUCUAAUGGAAGAAAGAGAAAUAUUGCGUGAGGACCGUUCUUUUGCUAAUGCUAAAAAAAUUUUGCAGUUUUUAAAAAAGAAGUCGGAAUUAGAGGUAGUUAGGAAUGCUGCUG